AUGAUUCAGGCUCAGAAGCUGCAGCAGGAGCUGCUGCUGCUGCAGCAGAAGGUAGAGGAGCAGCAGGCUCUGCUGCUGCAGGAGCAGCAGGAGAAGCAGCAGCUGCAGCAGCAGCUGAAGGAGUAUCAAGAGCAGCAGCAGCAAAAAGAAGAACAGCAGCAGCAGCAACAGCAGCAGCAGCAACAGCAGCAGCAGCAGCAGGAGCAGCAGCAGCAGCAGCAAGCACUUGCUGUUGCAGAGCCGUCACAGUCGGAAACCCUCGAACUGCAGCAGCAGAAGAGCGACAGCUUCUCUGCUCGUGGCGUUCUCUCUCGUUACCGUGCUGAGGCUUUUCAGCUUGCUGCUGGGGCACGAGAAAGGGAGCAGCAGCUGCUGCUGCUGCAGAGCGAAUUGAGGUUUGCUCGCCAGGAGAAAGAAGUGUUUAGCGCUGAGUGUUUGGCUCUGGCUUCUACUGUUGAAGCCCUCAAGCGUAAAGUGCAACAACUGGAGGAACAGCAAAGAGAACAGUCACAAAACUCUCAGCUAGUUGAUGCUGCUGAGGCUUUGGGUGAGAUGGAGCUGCUGCUGCAGGAAGCAGCAGAAGAGACACGGCAACUAAAAGAAGAAAAAGAAGAAUUAAUAAAAAGAAUAAAUGAAUUACAACAAACAAAAACAUAA